GUCUAUGCGAAAAUAUUUUACCAUACAUUCAUUAUAACUACCAAGUACCACAGUUUAUGUAGUUCAUCAAUAGUGGCGUUCAGUGAAAAUAUCCAGUAAAUCCUGUACAAACGUCUUUGCUAAACAGUAGUGUUUCUUUAAUCUUAGAUAACGUACUUAACAUUAGGAAUAUUCUGGUGUUUUCUCAGUACAAUUUGAAGAUGCUCAAGCGAUUCAUGUUUUUGAAUCGAACUUUCUUCUAGUGUACAAUUAGUUAUGCGAUUACAAUGGGAUUACAAUGGGAUACUGUGGAUCACAGUAAUUCUGUUUGUAUUUUUGUCUGUUUCUUCCCAAGAAACGGAAAUAAUCAAUUGUGGAAACAGGGAAUUCGUUUGCUACAACGAAACGUUCUUUUACCAGUGCGUUGUUAACGAAGAUUUAUCUGGAAAGUACAUAAUUGGAGAGCCACAAGCAUGCCCGGAAGAGCUUUUUUGCUAUGAUGAUUCGGACCUCGAAUGUGACGAGUUUCGUCCUGAUGCCCCAACAAGAACAACCAGAAGUAGCAUUACAAAAACAACAUUAACGACUAGUCCUAUAAACCUACCAACAACUCUAUCGACUUCAGUACCAGAAGCUACUACACAGUCAACGGCUACACAUCAAACUACAACUUCACCAUCAAUAACAACACCAUUUGUAAAUAUUACUACAAGUACUACACCGUCAGCAAAAACAACCUCCGCAGAAAACCUAUCAACCACUCACCCACAAACUAUAUCAACUUCAACUAUUUCUACUACUACAAUCCGAUCUAAUAACGACACAACUACUGAUCUUAAUCAAGAGACAACCGAAACCACAAGAAGUACUUUCUCAAUUAUAACAACAAAUGCUACACCUUCAACAACUUUACCUACCCCAGUUACAACAUCAAUUGUUACACUAACAAUUACGACUAACGAUGAUAGUAAUUCUAGCCCAACACAAUCGUUCAUCAAAACCACUAGUUCGCAAUCAAGCUCAAAUUCAGUUAUAAACGAUAACACAAGCAUAGAUGAUGUUACCACAUCUCCAAAAUCAAUAUCAUCUAGUGUACCAACUAGCUUAGAGUCAGAAUCAUCUACUGCAACUACCACUUCACAAUCCAGUUCAACUACUGUUGCCAGUGAACCUACAGACGAUAAUCGACAGAAGACAGAAUCGGCCACAGUAACCCAGAGUUCACAAGCAACUUCAACUUCGGCUGCUAGUGAUCCUACAAAUAAUAUUACAACCGAAAAUAACGUCAGUGAAACUACAGUAGCUGAUAUUAUUACUACUGGCCAACACCCAGAACCGUCGGAAGAAACGACUAGUACUCAAGCAAGUGCAACUGCUGGUGCCAGUAAGACUACAGACGAUAAUUCCACCACUGAUGAUAACGGCAACAAAACUACAGUAGAUGAUAUUACUACUAAUAGCCAACACGCAGAACCGUCGAAAGAAACGACUAGUACUCAAGCAAGCUCAACUGCUGGUGCCAGUAAGACUCCACCCGAUAAAACCACCACUGACAAUAAAGGCAAUGAAACUACAUUAGAUGAUAUUACUACUAUUAGCCAACAUCCAGAAUCGUCGGAAGAAACGACAAGCACUCAAGCAAGUUCAAUUGCUGGUGCCAGUGAGACUACCGACAAUAAUAGCACCACUGCUGAUAACGCCAAGGAAACUACUGUAGAUGAUAUUGCUACUAAUAGCCAACAACCAGAACCGUCGGAAGAAUCGACUAGUACUCAAGCAAGUUCAACUGCUGGUGCCAGUAAGACUACAGACGAUAAUACAACCACUGACGAUAACGGCAAUGAAACUAGAGUAGAUGAUAUUACUACUACUAGCCAACAACCAGAACCGUCGGCUGAAACGACUAGUACUCAAGCACGUUCAACUAAUGGUGCCACUGAGACUACCGAUGAUAAUACCACCACUGAUGAUAACGGCAAUGAAACUACUGUAGAUAAUAUUACUACUACCAGCAAACAACCAGAACCCUCCGAAGAAACGACUAGUACUCAAGCAAGUUUAACUGCUGGUGCCAGUGAGACUACCGACGAUAAUACCAAAACUGAUGAUGACGGCAAUGAAACUACAGUAGCUGAUAGUACUACCACCAGCCAAGAACCGUCGGCUGAAACCACUAGUAAUCAACCAAGCUCAACAGGUGGUUCCAGUGAGACAGCUGACGAUAAUACCACCACUGAUGGUAACGGCACUAAAACUACAAUAGAUGAUAUUACUACCACUAGCCAAGAUCCAGAACCGUCGGGUGAAACCACUAGUACUCAAGCAAGUUCAAAUACUGCUGCCAGUGAGACUACAGACCAUAAAACCAACACUGAUGAUAACCGUAAGGAAACUACUGUAGAUAAUAUUACUACUACUAGCCAACAACCAGAACCGUCUGACAAAACGACUAGUAGCCAAGCAAGUUCAAAUGCUGGUGCUAGUGAGUCUACCGACGAUAGUACCACCACUGAUGAUAACAGCAGUGAAACUACAGUAGAUGAUAGUACUAACACUAGCCAAGAUCCAGAACCGUCGAUUGAAACCAGUAGUACACAAGCAAGCUCAACAGGUGGUUCCAGUGAAACUGCUGACGAUAAUACCACCACUGGUGAUAACGGCAAUGACACUACAAUAGAUGAUAUUACAACCACCAGUCAAGAUCCAGAACCGCCGGCUGAAACCACUAGUACUCAAGCAAGUUCAAAUGCUGGUUCCAGUAAGACUACCGACGAUAAUACCUCCACUGAUGAUAACGGCAAUGAAACUACAGUAGAUGAUAUUAAUACUAAUAGUCAACAACCAGAACCAUCAUCUGAAACGACUAGUACUGAAGCAAGUUCAACUGCUGGUGCCAGUGAGACUACUGACGAUAAUACCACCACUGAUGAUAACCGCAAUGAAACUACAGUAGAUGAUAUUACAACUACUAACCAACAGUCAGAACCAUCGAAUGAAACGACUAGUACCCAAACAAGUUCAACUGCUGGUUCCAGUGAGACUGCUGACGAUAAUACCACCACUGGUGAUAACGGCAAUGAAACUACAGUAAAUGAUAGUACUACUACUAGCCAUGAUCCAGAACCGUCGACUGAAACCAGUAGUACUCGAGCAAGUUCAACAGCUGGUUCAAGUGAGACUGCUGACGAUAAUAACACCACUGAUGAUAACGGCAAUGAAAGUACAGUAGAUAAUAUUACAACUACUAGCCAACAGUCAGAGCCAUCGACCGAAACGACUAGUACUCAAGCAAGUUCAACUGCUGGUGCCAGUGAGACUACAGACGAUAAUACCACCACUGAUGAUAACGGCAAUGAAACUACAGUAGAUGAUAGUACUACCACUAGCCAUGAUCCAGAACCGUCGACUGAAAUCAGUAGUACUCAAGCAAGCUCAACGGGUGCUUCAAGUGAGACUGCUGACGAUAAUACCACCACUGAUGAUAAAGGCAAUGAAACUACAAUAGACGAUAUUACAACCACGAGCCAAGAUCCAGAACUGUCGGCUGAAACCACUAGUACUCAAGCAAGUUCAAAUGCUGGUGCCAGUGAGACUACAGACGAUAAUACCACCACUGAUGAUAACGGCAAUGAAACUACACCAGAUGGUAUUAAUUCUACUAGCCAACAACCAAAAACAUCAUCUGAAACGACUGGUACUGAAGCAAUUUCAACUGCUGGUGCCAGUGAGACUACCGACGAUAAUAUCACCACUGAAGAUACCGGCCCUGAAACUACACUAGAUGUUAUUACAACUACUAAACAACAGUCCGAGCCCUCGGCUGAAACGACAAGUACUCAAGCAAGUUCAACUGCUGGUGCCAGUGAGAUUACCGAAGAGAAUACCACCACUGAUGAUAACCGCAAUGAAACUACAGUAGAUGAUAUUACAACUACUAACCAACAGUCAGAACCAUCGACUGAAGCCACUAGUACUCAAGCAAGUUCAACUGCUGGUGCUAGUGAGUCUACCGAGGAUAAUACCACCACUGAUGAAAACAGCAAUGAAACUACAGUAGAUGAUAGUACUACCACUAGCCAAGAUAUAGAACCGUCGACUGAAACCAGUAGUACUCAAGCAAGCUCAACAGGUGGUUCCAGUGAGACUGCUGACGAUAAUACCACCACUGGUGAUAACGGCAAUGAAACUACAAUAGACGAUAUUACAACCACUAGCCAAGAUCCAGAACCGUCGGCUGAAACCACUAGUACUCCAGCAAGUUCAACUGCUGGUGCCAGUGAGACUACCGACGAUAAUACCACCAGUGAUGAUAACCGCAAUGAAACUACAAUAGACGAUAUUACAACCACUAGCCAAGAUCCAGAACCGUCGGCUGAAACCACUAGUACUCAAGCAAGUUCAACUGCUGGUGCCAGUGAGACUACCGACGAUAAUACCACCACUGAUGAUAACGGCAAUGAAACUACAGUAGAUGAUAUUAAUACUACUAGCCAACAACCGGAACCAUCAUCUGAAACGACUAGUACUGAAGUAAGUUCAACUGCUGGUGCCAGUAAGACAACCCACGAUCAUACCAACACUAAUGAUAGCGGCAAUGAAACUACAGUAGAUGGUAGUACUACCACUAGCCAAGAUCCAGAACCGUCGACUGAAACCAGUAGUACACAAGCAAGCUCAACAGGUGGUUCCAGUGAGACUGCUGACGAUAAUACCACCACUGGUGAUAACGGCAAUGAAACUACAAUAGACGAUAUUACAACAACUAGAGAAGAUCCAGAACCGUCGGCUAAAACCACUAGUACUCAAGCAAGUUCAACUGCUGGUGCCAGUGAGACGACCGACGAUAAUACCACCACUGGUGAUAACGGCAAUGAAACUACAAUAGACGAUAUUACAACCACUAGCCAAGAUCCAGAACCAUCGACUGAAACGACUAGUACUCAAGCAAGUUCAACUGCUGGUGCCAGUAAAACAACCGACGAUAAUACCACCACUGAUGAAAGCGGCAAUGAAACUACAGUAGAUGAUAGUACUACCACUAGCCAAGAUCCAGAACCGUUGACUGAAACCAGUAGUACACAAGCAAUCUCAACAGCUGCUUCCAGUGAGACUGCUGACCAUAAUACCACCACUGAUGGUAACGGCAAUGAAACUACAAUAGACGAUAUUUCAACUACUAGCCAAGAUCCAGAAUUUUCUGCUGAAACCACUAGUACUCAAGCAAGUUCAAAUGUUGGUUCCAGUGAGACUACCGACGAUAAUACCACCACUGAUGAUAACGGCAAUGAAACUACAGUCGAUGAUAUUAAUACUACUAGCCAACAACCAGAAUCAUCAUCUGAAACGACUAGUACUGAAGCAAGUUCAACUGCUGGUGACAGUGAGACUACCGACGAUAAUACCACCACUGAAGAUAACGGCACUGAAUCUACAGUAGAUAAUAUUACAACUACUAGCCAACAGUCAGAGCCAUCGACUGAAACGACUAAUACUCAAGCAAGUUCAACUGCUGGUGUCAGUGAGACUACCGACGAUAAUACCAGCGCUGAUGAUAGCGGCAAUGAAACUACAGUAGAUGAUAGUACUACCACUAGUUAUGAUCCAGAACCGUCGACUGAAACCAGUAGUACUCAAGCAAGCUCAACAGGUGGUUCCAGUGAGACUGCUGAUAAUUAUACCACCACUGAAGAUAACGGCAAUGAAACUACCAUCGACGAUAUUACAACCACUAGCCAAGAUCCAGAAACUACAGUAAAUGAUAUUAAUACUAAUAGCCACCAACCAGAAACAUCAUCUGAAACGACUAGUACUGAAGCAAGUUCAACUGCUAGUGCCAGUGAGACUGCCGACGAUGAUACGACCACUAAAGAUAACAGCCCUGAAACUACAGUAGAUGUUAUUACAACUACUAGCCAACAGUCAGAGCCCUCGGCUGAAACGACAAGUACUCAAGCAAGUUCAACUGCUGGUGCUAGUGAGUCUACCGAGGAUAAUACCACCACUAAUGAGAACAGCAAUAAAACUACAGUAGAUGAUAGUACUAACACUAGCCAAGAUCCAGAACCGUCGACUGAAACCAGUAGUACACAAGCAAGCUCAACAGGUGGUUCCAGUGAGACUGCUGACGAUAAUACCACCACUGGUGAUAACGGCAAUGAAACUACAAUAGACGAUAUUACAACCACUAGCCAAGAUCCUGAACCGUCGGCUGAAACCACUAGUACUCAAGCAAGUUCAACUGCUGGUGCUAGUGACUCUACCGAGGAUAAUACCACCACUAAUGAGAACAGCAAUAAAACUACAGUAGAUGAUAGUACUAACACUAGCCAAGAUCCAGAACCGUCGACUGAAACCAGUAGUACACAAGCAAGUUCAACAGGUGGUUCCAGUGAGACUGCUGACGAUAAUACCACCACUGGUGAUAACGGCAAUGAAACUACAGCAGACGACAUUACAACCACUAGCCAAGAUCCAGAACCGUCGGCUUUAACCACUAGUACUCAAGAAAGUUCAACUGGUGGUUCCAGUGAGACUACCGACGAUAAUACCACCACUGAUGAUAACGGCACUGAAACUACAGUAGAUGAUAUUAAUACUACUAGCCAACAACCGGAACCAUCAUCUGAAACGACUAGUACUGAAGCAAGUUCAACUGCUGGUGCCAGUAAGACAACCGACGAUAAUACCACCACUGAUGAUAGCGGCAAUGAAACUACAGUAGAUGAUACUACUACCACUAGCCAAGAUCCAGAACCGUCGACUGAAACCAGUAGUACACAAGCAAGCUCAACAGGUGGUUCCAGUGAGGCUGAUGACGAUAAUACCACCACUGGUGAUAACGGUAAUGAAACUACAAUAGACGACAUUACAACCACUAGCCAAGAUCCAGAACCGUCGGCUGAAACCACUAGUACUCAAGCAAGUUCAACUGCUGGUUCCAGUGAGACUACCGACGAUAAUACCACCACUGAUGAUAACGGCAAUGAAACUACAGUAGAUGAUAUUAAUACUACUAGCCAACAACCGGAACCAUCAUCUGAAACGACUAAUACUGAAGCAAGUUCAACUGCUGGUGCCAGUAAGACAACCGACGAUAAUACCACCACUGAUGAUAGCGGCCAUGAAACUACAGUAGAUGAUAAUACUACCACUAGCCAAGAUCCAGAACCGUCGACUGAAACCAGUAGUACACAAGCAAGCUCAACAGGUGGUUCCAGUGAGGCUGAUGACGAUAAUACCACCACUGGUGAUAACGGUAAUGAAACUACAAUAGACGACAUUACAACCACUAGCCAAGAUCCAGAACCGUCGGCUGAAACCACUAGUACUCAAGCAAGUUCAACUGCUGGUUCCAGUGAGACUACCGACGAUAAUACCACCACUGAUGAUAACGGCAAUGAAACUACAGUAGAUGAUAUUAAUACUACUAGCCAACAACCGGAACCAUCAUCUGAAACGACUACUACUGAAGCAAGUUCAACUGCUGGUGCCAGUAAGACAACCGACGAUAAUACCACCACUGAUGAUAGCGGCAAUGAAACUACAGUAGAUGAUACUACUACCACUAGCCAAGAUCCAGAACCGUCGACUGAAACCAGUAGUACACAAGCAAGCUCAACAGGUGGUUCCAGUGAGACUGCUGACGAUAAUACCACCACUGGUGAUAACGGCAAUGAAACUACAAUAGACGAAAUUACAACCACUAGCCAAGAUCCAGAACCGUCUGACGAAACGACUAGUACUCAAGCAAGUUCAACUGCUGGUGCCAGUGAGAUUACCGACGAUAAUACCACCAGUGAUGAUAACCGCAAUGAAUUUACAUUAGACGAUAUUACAACUACUAACCAACAGUCAGAACCAUCGACUGAAACGUCUAGUACUCAUGCAAGUUCAACUGCCAGUGCCAGUAAAACAACCGACGAUAAUACCACCACUGAUGAUAGCGGCAAUGAAACUAAAGUAGAUGAUACUACUACCACUAGCCAAGAUCCAGAACCGUCGACUGAAACCAGUAGUACACAAGCAAGCUCAACAGGUGGUUCCAGUGAGGCUGAUGACGAUAAUACCACCACUGGUGAUAACGGUAAUGAAACUACAAUAGACGACAUUACAACCACUAGCCAAGAUCCAGAACCGUCGGCUGAAACCACUAGUACUCAAGCAAGUUCAACUGCUGGUUCCAGUGAGACUACCGACGAUAAUACCACCACUGAUGAUAACGGCAAUGAAACUACAGUAGAUGAUAUUAAUACUACUAGCCAACAACCGGAACCAUCAUCUGAAACGACUAAUACUGAAGCAAGUUCAACUGCUGGUGCCAGUAAGACAACCGACGAUAAUACCACCACUGAUGAUAGCGGCAAUGAAACUACAGUAGAUGAUAAUACUACCACUAGCCAAGAUCCAGAACCGUCGACUGAAACCAGUAGUACACAAGCAAGCUCAACAGGUGGUUCCAGUGAGACUGCUGACGAUAAUACCACCACUGGUGAUAACGGCAAUGAAACUACAGAAUAUGAUAUAUAUACUACUAGCCAACAACCGGAACCAUCAUCUGAAACGACUAGUACUGAAGCAAGUUCAACUGCUGGUGCCAGUAAGACAACCGACGAUAAUACCACCACUGACGAUAGCGGCAAUGAAACUACAGUAGAUGAUAGUACUACCACUAGCCAAGAUCCAGAACCGUCGACUGAAACCAGUAGUACACAAGCAAGCUCAACAGGUGGUUCCAGUGAGACUGCUGACGAUAAUACCACCACUGGUGGUAACGGCAAUGAAACUACAGAAUAUGAUAUUAAUACUACUAGCCAACAACCGGAACCAUCAUCUGAAACGACUAGUACUGAAGCAAGUUCAACUGCUGGUGCCAGUAAGACAACCGACGAUAAUACCACCACUGAUGAUAGCGGCAAUGAAACUACAGUAGACGACAUUACAACCACUAGCCAAGAUCCAGAACCGUCGGCUGAAACCACUAGUACUCAAGCAAGUUCAACUGCUGGUUCCAGUGAGACUACCGACGAUAAUACCACCACUGAUGAUAGCGGCAAUGAAACUACAGUAGAUGAUAUUAAUACUACUAGCCAACAACCGGAACCAUCAUCUGAAACGACUAGUACUGAAGCAAGUUCAACUGCUGGUUCCAGUGAGACUACCGACGAUAAUACCACCACUGAUGAUAACGGCAAUGGAACUACAGUAGAUGAUAUUAAUACUACUAGCCAACAACCGGAACCAUCAUCUGAAACGACUAGUACUGAAGCAAGUUCAACUGCUGGUGCCAGUAAGACAACCGACGAUAAUACCAACACUGAUGAUAGCGGCAAUGAAACUACAGUAGAUGAUAAUACUACCACUAGCCAAGAUCCAGAACCGUCGACUGAAACCAGUAGUACACAAGCAAGCACAACAGGUGGUUCCAGUGAGACUGCUGACGAUAAUACCACCACUGGUGAUAACGGCAAUGAAACUACAGUAGACGACAUUACAACCACUAGCCAAGAUCCAGAACCGUCGGCUGAAACCACUAGUACUCAAGAAAGUUCAACUGCUGGUUCCAGUGAGACUACCGACGAUAAUACCACCACUGAUGAUAACGGCAAUGAAACUACAGUAGAUGAUAUUAAUACUACUAGCCAACAACCGGAACCAUCAUCUGAAACGACUAGUACUGAAGCAAGUUCAACUGCUGGUGCCAGUAAGACUACCGACGAUAAUACCACCACUGAUGAUAGCGGCAAUGAAACUACAGUAGAUGGAAAUACUACCACUAGCCAAGAUCCAAAACCGUCGACUGAAACCAGUAGUACACAAGCAAGCUCAACAGGUGGUUCCAGUGAGACUGCUGACGAUAAUACCACCACUGGUGAUAACGGCAAUGAAACUACAAUAGACGAAAUUACAACCACUAGCCAAGAUCCAGAACCGUCUGACGAAACGACUAGUACUGAAGCAAGUUCAACAGCGGGUGCUAGUGAGUCUACCGACGAUAGUACCACCACUGAUGAUAACAGCAAUGAAACUACAGUAGAUGAUAGUACUACCACUAGCCAAGAUCCAGAACCGUCGACUGAAACCAGUAGUACACAAGCAAGCUCAACAGGUGGUUCCAGUGAGACUGCUGACGAUAAUACCACCACUGGUGAUAACGGCAAUGAAACUACAAUAGACGAUAUUACAACCACUAGCCAAGAUCCGGAACCGUCGGCUGAAACCACUAGUACUCAAGCAAGUUCAACUGCUGGUUCCAGUGAGACUACCGACGAUAAUACCACCACUGAUGAUAACGGCAAUGGAACUACAGUAGAUGAUAUUAAUACUACUAGCCAACAACCGGAACCAUCAUCUGAAACGACUAGUAUUGAAGCAAGUUCAACUGCUGGUGCCAGUAAGACAACCGAUGAUAAUCCCACCACUGAUGAUAGCGGCAAUGAAACUACAGUAGAUGAUAAUACUACCACUAGCCAAGAUCCAGAACCGUCGACUGAAACCAGUAGUACACAAGCAAGCUCAACAGGUGGUUCCAGUGAGACUGCUGACGAUAAUACCACCACUGGUGAUAACGGUAAUGAAACUACAAUAGACGACAUUACAACCACUAGCCAAGAUCCAGAACCGUCGGAUGAAACCACUAGUACUCAAGCAAGUUCAACUGCUGGUUCCAGUGAGACUACCGACGAUAAUACCACCACUGAUGAUAACGGCAAUGAAACUACAGUAGAUGAUAUUAAUACUACUAGCCAACAACCGGAACCAUCAUUUGAAACGACUAGUACUGAAGCAAGUUCAACUGCUGGUGCCAGUAAGACAACCGACGAUAAUACCACCACUGAUGAUAGCGGCAAUGAAAUUACAGUAGAUGAUAAUACUACCACUAGCCAAGAUCCAAAACCGUCGACUGAAACCAGUAGUACACAAGCAAGCUCAACAGGUGGUUCCAGUGAGACUGCUGACGAUAAUACCACCACUGGUGAUAACGGCAAUGAAACUACAGAAUAUGAUAUUAAUACUACUAGCCAACAACCGGAACCAUCAUCUGAAACGACUAGUACUGAAGCAAGUUCAACUGCUGGUGUCAGUAAGACAACCGACGAUAAUACCACCACUGAUGAUAGCGGUAAUGAAACUACAGUAGACGACAUUACAACCACUAGACAAGAUCCAGAACCAUCGGCUGAAACCACUAGUACUCAAGCAAGUUCAACUGCUGGUUCCAGUGAGACUACCGACGAUAAUACCACCACUGAUGAUAACGGCAAUGAAACUACAGUAGAUGAUAUUAAUACUACUAGCCAACAACCGGAACCAUCAUCUGAAACGACUAGUACUGAAGCAAGUUCAACUGCUGGUGCCAGUAAGACAACCGACGAUAAUACCAACACUGAUGAUAGCGGCAAUGAAACUACAGUAGAUGAUAAUACUACCACUAGCCAAGAUCCAGAACCGUCGACUGAAACCAGUAGUACACAAGCAAGCACAACAGCUGGUUCCAGUGAGACUGCUGACGAUAAUACCACCACUGGUGAUAACGGUAAUGAAACUACAAUAGACGACAUUACAACCACUAGCCAAGAUCCAGAACCGUCGGCUGAAACCACUAGUACUCAAGCAAGUUCAACUGCUGGUUCCAGUGAGACUACCGACGAUAAUACCACCACUGAUUAUAACGGCAAUGAAACUACAGUAGAUGAUAAUACUACCACUAGCCAAGAUCCAGAACCGUCGACUGAAACCAGUAGUACACAAGCAAGCUCAACAGGUGGUUCCAGUGAGACUGCUGACGAUAAUACCACCACUGGUGAUAACGGCAAUGAAACUACAGAAUAUGAUAUUAAUACUACUAGCCAACAAUCAGAACCAUCAUCUGAAACGACUAGUACUGAAGCAAGUUCAACUGCUGGUGCCAGUAAGACAACCGACGAUAAUACCACCACUGAUGAUAGCGGCAAUAAAACUGCAGUAGAUGAGAGUACUAACACUAGCCAAGAUCCAGAACCGUCGACUGAAACCAGUAGUACACAAGCAAGCUCAACAGGUGGUUCCAGUGAGACUGCUGACGAUAAUACCACCACUGGUGAUAACGGCAAUGAAACUACAAUAGACGAUAUUACAACCACUAGCCAAGAUCCAGAACGGUCGGCUGAAACCACUAGUACUCAAGCAAGUUCAAUUGCUGGUGCCAGUGAGACUACCGAAGCUAAUACCACCACUAAUGAGAACAGCAAUAAAACUACAGUAGAUGAUAGUUCUACCACUAGCCAAGGUAUAGAACCGUCGACUGAAACCAGUAGUACACAAGCAAGCUCAACAGGUGGUUCCAGUGAGACUGCUGACGAUAAUACCACCACUGGUGAUAACGGCAAUGAAACUACAAUAGACGACAUUACAACCACUAGCCAAGAUCCAGAACCGUCGGCUGAAACCACUAGUACUCAAGCAAGUUCAACUGCUGGUUCCAGUGAGACUACCGACCAUAAUACCACCACUGAUGAUAACGGCAAUGAAACUACAGUAGAUGAUAUUAAUACUACUAGCCAACAACCGGAAACAUCAUUUGAAACGACUAGUACUGAAGCAAGUUCAACUGCUGGUGCCAGUAAGACAACCGACGAUAAUACCACCACUGAUGAUAGCGGCAAUGAAACUACAGUAGAUGAUAGUACUACCACUAGCCAAGAUCCAGAAGCGUCGACUGAAACCAGCAGUACACAAGCAAGCUCAACAGGUGGUUCCAGUGAGGCUGCUGACGAUAAUACCACCACUGGUGAUAACGGCAAUGAAACUACAAUAGACGAUAUUACAACCACUAGCCAAGAUCCAGAACCGUCCGCUAAAACCACUAGUACUCAAGCAAGUUCAACUGCUGGUUCCAGUGAGACUACCGACGAUAAUACCACCACUGCUGAUAACGGCAAUGAAACUACAGUAGAUGAUAUUAAUACUACUAGCCAACAACCGGAACCAUCAUCUGAAACGACUAGUACUGAAGAAAGUUCAACUGCUGGUGCCAGUAAGACAACCGACCAUAAUACCACCACUGAUGAUAGCGGCAAUGAAACUACAGUAGAUGAUAAUACUACCACUAGCCAAGAUCUAGAACCGUCGACUGAAACCAGUAAUACACAAGCAAGCUCAACAGGUGGUUCCAGUGAGACUGCUGACGAUAAUACCACCACUGGUGAUAACGGCAAUGAAACUACAAUAGACGACAUUACAACCACUAGCCAAGAUCCAGAACCGUCGGCUGAAACCACUAGUACUCAAGCAAGUUCAACUGCUGGUUCCAGUGAGACUACCGACCAUAAUACCACCACUGAUGAUAACGGCAAUGAAACUACAGUAGAUGAUAUUAAUACUACUAGCCAACAACCGGAAACAUCAUUUGAAACGACUAGUACUGAAGCAAGUUCAACUGCUGGUGCCAGUAAGACAACCGACGAUAAUACCACCACUGAUGAUAGCGGCAAUGAAUCUACAGUAGAUGAUAGUACUACCACUAGCCAAGAUCCAGAAGCGUCGACUGAAACCAGCAGUACACAAGCAAGCUCAACAGGUGGUUCCAGUGAGACUGCUGACGAUAAUACCACCACUGGUGAUAACAGCAAUGAAACUACAAUAGACGAUAUUACAACCACUAACCAAGAUCCGGAACCGUCGGCUGAAACCACUAGUACUCAAGCAAGUUCCACUGCUGGUUCCAGUGAGACUACCGACGAUAAUACCGCCACUGAUGAUAACGGCAAUGGAACUACAGUAGAUGAUAUUAAUACUACUAGCCAACAACCGGAACCAUCAUCUGAAACGACUAGUACUGAAGCAAGUUCAACUGCUGGUGCCAGUAAGACAACCGACGAUAAUACCACCACUGAUGAUAGCGGCAAUGAAACUACAGUAGAUGAUAAUACUACCACUAGCCAAGAUCCAGAUCCGUCGACUGAAACCAGUAGUACACAAGCAAGCACAACAGGUGGUUCCAGUGAGACUGCUGACGAUAAUAACACCACUGGUGAUAACGGCAAUGAAACUACAAUAGACGAUAUUACAACCACUAGCCAAGAUCCAGAACCGUCGGCUGAAACCACUAGUACUCAAGCAAGUUCAACUGCUGGUUCCAGUGAGACUACCGACGAUAAUACCACCACUGAUGAUAACGGCAAUGAAACUACAGUAGAUGAUAUUAAUACUACUAGCCAACAACCGGAACCAUCAUCUGAAACGACUAGUACUGAAGCAAGUUCAACUGCUGGUGCCAGUAAGACAACCGACGAUAAUACCACCACUGAUGAUAGCGGCAAUGAAACUACAGUAGAUAAUAAUACUACCACUAGCCAAGAUCCAAAACCGUCGACUGAAACCAGUAGUACACAAGCAAGCUCAACAGGUGGUUCCAGUGAGACUGCUGACGAUAAUACCACCACUGGUGAUAACGGCAAUGAAACUACAGAAUAUGAUAUUAAUACUACUAGCCAACAAUCGGAACCAUCAUCUGAAACGACUAGUACUGAAGCAAGUUCAACUGCUGGUGCCAGUAAGACAACCGACGAUAAUACCACCACUGAUGAUAGCGGCAAUGAAACUACAGUAGAUGAGAGUACUAACACUAGCCAAGAUCCAGAACCGUCCGCUAAAACCACUAGUACUCAAGCAAGUUCAACUGCUGGUUCCAGUGAGACUACCGACGAUAAUACCACCACUGCUGAUAACGGCAAUGAAACUACAGUAGAUGAUAUUAAUACUACUAGCGAACAACCGGAACCAUCAUCUGAAACGACUAGUACUGAAGCAAGUUCAACUGCUGGUGCCAGUAAGACAACCGACCAUAAUACCACCACUGAUGAUAGCGGCAAUGAAACUACAGUAGAUGAUAAUACUACCACUAGCCAAGAUCUAGAACCGUCGACUGAAACCAGUAAUACACAAGCAAGCUCAACAGGUGGUUCCAGUGAGACUGCUGACGAUAAUACCACCACUGGUGAUAACAGCAAUGAAACUACAAUAGACGAUAUUACAACCACUAACCAAGAUCCGGAACCGUCGGCUGAAACCACUAGUACUCAAGCAAGUUCCACUGCUGGUUCCAGUGAGACUACCGACGAUAAUACCGCCACUGAUGAUAACGGCAAUGGAACUACAGUAGAUGAUAUUAAUACUACUAGCCAACAACCGGAACCAUCAUCUGAAACGACUAGUACUGAAGCAAGUUCAACUGCUGGUGCCAGUAAGACAACCGACGAUAAUACCACCACUGAUGAUAGCGGCAAUGAAACUACAGUAGAUGAUAAUACUACCACUAGCCAAGAUCCAGAUCCGUCGACUGAAACCAGUAGUACACAAGCAAGCACAACAGGUGGUUCCAGUGAGACUGCUGACGAUAAUAUCACCACUGGUGAUAACGGUAAUGAAACUACAAUAGACGACAUUACAACCACUAGCCAAGAUCCAGAACCGUCGGCUGAAACCACUAGUACUCAAGCAAGUGCAACUGCUGGUUCCAGUGAGACUACCGACGAUAAUACCACCACUGAUGAUAACGGCAAUGAAACUACAGUAGAUGAUAUUAAUACUAAUAGCCAACAACCGGAACCAUCAUCUGAAACGACUAGUACUGAAGCAAGUUCAACUCCUGGUGCCAAUAAGACAACCGACGAUAAUACCACCACUGAUGAUAGGGGCAAUGAAACUACAGUAGAUGAUAAUACUACCACUAGCCAAGAUCCAGGACCGUCGACUGAAACCAGUAGUACACAAGCAAGCUCAACAGGUGGUUCCAGUGAGACUGCUGACGAUAAUACCACCACUGGUGAUAACGGCAAUGAAACUACAGAAUAUGAUAUUAAUACUACUAGCCAACAAUCGGAACCAUCAUCUGAAACGACUAGUACUGAAGCAAGUUCAACUGCUGGUGCCAGUAAGACAACCGACGAUAAUACCACCACUGAUGAUAGCGGCAAUGAAACUACAGUAGAUGAGAGUACUAACACUAGCCAAGAUCCCGAACCGUCGGCUGAAACCACUAGUACUCAAGCAAGUUCAAAUGAAGGUGGCAGUGAGACUACCGACGAUAAUACCACCACUGAUGAUAGCGGCAAUGAAACUUCAGUAGAUGAUCGUACUACCACUAGCCAAGAUCGAGAACCGUCGACUGAAACCAGUAGUACUCAAGCAAGUUCAACAGGUAGUUCCAGUGAGACUGUUGACGAUAGUACCACCACUGAUGAUAACGGCAAUGAAACUACAAUAGAUGAUAUUACUACCACUAGCCAAGAUCCAGAACCGUCGAUUGAAACCAGUAGUACUCAGGCAAGUUCAAAUGCUGGUGCCAGUGAGACUACAGACGUUAAUACCACCACUGAUGAUAACGGUAAUGAAACUACUGUAGAGAAUAUUACUACUACUAGCCAACAACCAGAACCGUCUGACGAAACGACUAGUAGCCAAGCAAGUUCAACUGCUGGUGCUAGUGAGUCCACUGUCGAUAGUACCACCGCUGAUGAUAACAGCAAUGAAUCUACAGUAAAUGAUACUACUACCACUAGCCAAGAUCCAGAACCGUCGAUUGAAGCUAGUAGUACUCAAGCAAGUUCAACUGCUGGUGCCAGUGAGACUACCGACGAUAAUACCACCAGUGAUGAUAACCGCAAUGAAACUACAGUAGACGAUAUUACAACUACUAACCAACAGUCAGAACCAUCGGCUUUUACGACUAUUACUCAAGCAAGUUCAACUGCUGGUGCCAGUAAGUCUACCGACGAUAAUACCACCACUGAUGAUAGCGGCAAUGAAACUACAGUAGAUGAUAUUACUACCACUAGCCAAGAUCCAGAACCGUCGACUGAAGCCAGUAGUACACAAGCAAGCUCCACAGGUGGUUCCAGUGAGACUGCUGACGAUAAUACCACCACUGAUGAUAACGUCAAUGAAUCUACAAUAGAUGAUAUUACUACCACUAGCCAAGAUCCAGAACCGUCGGCUGAAACCACUAGUGCUCAAGCAAGUUCAAAUGCUGGUGCCAGUGAGACUACCGACGAUAAUACCACCACUGAUGAUAACGGCCAUGAAAGUACAGUAGAUAAUAUUACAACUACUAGCCAACAGUCAGAACCAUCGACUGUUACGACUAGUACUCAAGCAAAUUCAACUGCUGGUGCCAGUAAGACUACCGACGAUAAUACCACCACUGAUGAUAACGGCAAUGAAACUACCGUAGAUGAUAUUACUACCACUAGCCUAGAACCCGAACCGUCGGCUGAAACGACGAGUGCUCAAGCAGGUUCAACUGCUACGGAGCGCUCUGUAGAUUUUGUGUGUGUUAACGCAGGAAAAUUUGCUCACCCUGUAGAUUGCAAUAAAUAUUAUCUGUGUGUAGAUACAGUUUUCAGUACAGUGAAGUAUUUGUUAGCGUGUCCACUUGGUACCUUAUAUGACGCAGACAAUGAAAUUUGCACUACCAGGCCCGUACAAUGUCCAGGAGAAAGAAAGUUGAAAUGCGAAAUGGAAGGUACUUUCUUACAUCCCACAAACUGUAGUCGAUAUUACGAUUGUAUUUGGGAUUGGUUAGAAGAUAAAUACCAUAUACGGCAACACUCAUGUCCGCCUGGUUCUAGUAUUGACUUGAAUACAUUAAGAUGUGUUGCUUCCUCUUGUGGCCAAACAUCAGUAACUACUGUACGUCCUACUGAAAGCACAACAACCCAAAACGACGGUUUUAGAUGUGUCUCCUCUGGUAUCUAUCCUGAUCCGGUAAGCUGCAGUUCUUAUCAUGUUUGCGUUUCCCUAGUCAACGAGACAAUAGAUAUACCUAUGGACUGUCCGGUAGACUCCAAUUUUGAUUCAAAUAACAAACUUUGUACGAGAGAACCUGUUCAAUGUCCAAAUGAGGCACCCUUAGUCUGCAGAUCUGUUGGUACUUUUGUCCACCCUACAGAUUGCAAUCGGUACUAUACUUGUACACAAAGAAUUAAUGGUGAUGGCUACGAGAUUCGUCAGUUCAAUUGUCCUCCAUUCAGCUCGUUUAAUCCCAAGCUAGGUAUUUGUGAGGCAUCCUUUAAUUGUAAUAGAGACUUAGAUAUUACCUGCACAGUACCUGGACGUUUUCCCGUAAAUGGCAGUUGCAAGGAAUACUAUGAAUGUCAGUAUAACAAUGGAGUACUCACUCCAAGAGUACGAACAUGUGGGCUGUUUAAAUUAUAUGACAAAAUACAAAAGAGAUGUAGACGUGAAUGUUUUGUGUCUUGCUGAGGAGCGUUGAAAAAUAUAUCUAUAAUUUCUAAUAAUAGCUUUAGAGCUAUAUAUUGUAUUGUACGGAAUUAUAUAAGUAUACUUUAUUUGAUAUGGCAAAUAUUAUUUUGUAAAUAAAAUCAUAAAUAUAUGGAA